GCACAUGCGCAUUGUCCGCAAGCGAGGAAUUUGUUGUUGUUUACAUCGUUACUUGUGAAAAAUUAAUCAUCGUCUUUCACACCUGCAGCUUUAAUAUGGUAUAAGUGUGUAACUAGAGCAAUGGAAGGCAAGGAAAAGACGAUGCAGGAGGUGAAUGUACGAGUGGCUGUCAGGGUGCGGCCCAUGUUACCAAAGGAGAAGGUAGGAGGGGAUGAAAUGUGUGUAAAGAUAAUACCUACUACAAAACAGCUGAUCCUUGGCAAAGAUCGUGGAUUCACAUUCGAUGAAGUCCUUUCUCCAAAAGCUACACAGGAAGAGUUGUAUACAUUGUGUGUGGAGAAUUUGGUCAAGUCUAUAUUUGAGGGUUACAAUGCAACAGUGUUUGCUUAUGGACAAACAGGAUCUGGUAAGACAUACACUAUCGGAGGUGGGAAUAUCUCGCCAGUGACAGAGGAUGAAGAUGGUAUCAUUCCACGGGCAGUCAGACAAAUGUUUGAUACACUCAGUAUUGAUAAGAGUGUGAACUACACAGUGAAAGUAUCGUAUAUAGAGAUAUACAAAGAGGAGUUGAGAGAUUUACUCGAACUGAAUGUAGACAACAAACCUGAUCUACAUGUUAGAGAGGAUGAUAAGGGAAAUACUGUGAUAAUUGGUGCCCGAGAGGUAGAAUGUGAGAGCCUGGAUGAGGUGAUGUCUCUGUUGGAGACGGGAUCAGCAGCCAGACAUACUGGAGCAACAAAUAUGAAUGAACAUUCCAGCAGGUCUCAUUCUAUCUUCACUAUAACCAUAGGUCAAAUGUGGACAGAGAAUGAUGUUUUAGCAAGUAAAAGGAAACCUGAUGAUGAUACUGAUAUAAUUGAUGAUGAGAUGAUAUAUAGCACAGAUAUAGACAAGGAGAUGACUCACAAUAUGUUUGGAAAGUUCCACUUUGUAGACUUAGCUGGUUCUGAGAGGGCACACAAAACUGGAAAUGUUGGGGACCGAUUCAAAGAAUCUGUACAUAUCAACUCAGGCUUGCUAGCUCUAGGAAAUGUGAUCAGUGCUCUAGGAGAUCCCAAAAAGAAAUCCACACAUAUCCCUUACAGAGAAUCCAAAAUUACAAGAUUACUUAAGGAUUCCCUUGGAGGAAAUGCUAAAACAUUGAUGAUCUGUUGUGUAAGUCCAUCAGCAGCUAACUUUGAUGAAAGUUUGAACGCACUGAAAUAUGCAAAUAGGGCAAGAAACAUCCGGAAUCUUCCAAUCGUGAACAGAGAUAUCCAGUCUAUCAGGUUUGAGGAGAUGCAGACAGAAAUUAAGGCAUUGAGAGAGGAGCUUGCAAGGCAGAGAACGACGGUUACCAGGGGUAACACAGGAUGGGAGAAUGAUCCAGACCUGGCAGCGAAAUACGUCAGUCAGAUAAAACAUCUAGAAGAUCAAGUUGCAAGGUUACAAACAGAAUGUGGUAACUACAAGAUGAUAGCAGAGGAGGCCUAUAGACAAUUCCUGCAGAUACAGGGCAAGGAUAUAUUGACACAGAGUCAAGAUGGAAGACUGAGAGACUGGCUCGAUCUCAUGGAAGAGCAUAUGGACACGUCACAGUUGCAUGGAUCUGUUGAGAUCAAGUGCAAAGUUCCCCAGAAGUUAAAUAAGGAAGAGUGGGAGAGCCAGACUGUAAAAGAUUUACAGAAAGAACUUAAGAAGGCAAAAGAAGAUUUGAAGAGUGAUGAAGAUAUUUUUGCAGAGAAAGCGAGAGAAGUUAUAGCAUUGAAGGCUAGACUAGAAGAAAUGGAAUCACUGUUGGAGCAGAGAGAGAAGACGUUGGUAGAAGGGGAUGAGAAGUUGCAGCAACAAGAGCAACAACUGAUAGAACAGAACAUGAAGAUAGAGGAACUACAGAAAGCUCUAAAGGAAACGGCUUUAACUACAAGAACAGUAGACACACAGUUCACUCAGGUAACGUUGAUAGGUGACAGCACAAAUCUCAGUGAAGGUCAGGUGACAGCCAGUGCCCCAGUCACAUCAAGACAAGCCAGCAGGCCUAAAUCUGUACCUAUACAUCUACAUAAACAUUCAGACAUGAGGUAUUCACAACUGCGGCCACCAUCUCGUAAUAUCAAAACUAGUCCGGCAUUGUUCACACUGGAACGAGUAAUGAAAAGUUUCCGUGCUCGCAGUCAGUUGCUCGUGUCACGUCUGGAGGAUGGAGAUGAGGUUUUGCACCUGGACUUUAGUGAUGGAGAAGACAAUGCUCAGAACGUAGAUAGUGAUGGUGAUGAAAUGAGAGGGAAAAAGUUGAUCAGGCUCAGGGAAGGAACGUUUGUACGUAAAGGAACAUUUAGAAUAAAGAAAGGCAAAUCAGAGGAGAACAAGGAAAAUGCCAUUCCAGAAAUCAGGGUGGGCAAUGAAGAUGGAGAUAAGCAGCAGCUCAGUGUACAUACAGGUGAUGGCAACGUUGAGGUUGGACGUAGUCAAGAGGUACAGAAGAAAAUCAAACAAGCACAGCUCAAGAUGCUUGAAUCUAACAAGAAAAUCAGGGACUUAGCUAUAAAUAUUAAAUUAAAGGAGCAACUAAUAAGGGAAUUGGUGAAGACAGGAAAAGAUGCUGAGCAAAUGAAUAAACAAUAUGCAGGAAAAAUUGCUGCCCUAGAAAAGGAGAAAGAAGUGGUUAAACAAGAAUUAUCAGAGACACAGAAAAUGUUGGCAGGCAUAGAGACCAAAGAACACCAAGAAACUGUUGAGAAAGAGAAACUUCUCAGUGAGUAUAAGAAGAAAGUAGAGGCAGCUAAAGCCAAGAUGACAGUGCUACAGAGAAAACAAAAGGAGACGGAGAAAGUUGCUAGUAUCUCCAACCAGAAUGAUAAAAAAAUUUCUGAUUUGGAGUUAGCAGUAGACAGGAUGAAACAACAGCAAGAAAAUUUACAGAAACGUCUCAAGGAAGAGUCAGAUAGGAAAGUGAAAUUAGAGAGGGAGAUGCAGAAGGAGUUACAGAGAGUUACAGAACUGGAGAUCAAGAAUGAGCAACAACAAAAAUUACUAAAACGUAAAAAUGAGGAGAUUGCAUCGGCAAAGAGGAGAUUGCGGAAUGGCAGUGCUGGUACGCUGCCUCCAAUAAAUGGGGAAGAGCAUGAUAAGAUAGAGGAACAGAAGAGGUGGUUGGACUCAGAGAUUGAGAAAAUGGUGCAACAGAGGCAGGAAGUAGAACACCUUCAAGAGGAGUUAAGGAAGAGGGAGGAGAUGAUAUCAAGGAAAGAAGCCCUGCUGUCAGAGAGAAGUGAGUUGGAAAUGAAAAAACUCAGAUCUAGUCAAGUUGUAAAUAAGAGUUUGUUGUCUGUAUCAAGCAAGUUAGACAUGGUUGAACGCAAACUGGAAGAGAAAUCACGAGAACUGGCCCAGACUCCAGAUCUUCGUGCCGAGCCACUGAAGGAAGAUAUAGAAAAGUUAUGUCAGACACGUGAUAAACUGCAAAAACAGAGGGCAUUGUUAGAUGAGAAAUUACAUGGUGGUAGUCUGUUGUCAGGAAAUGAAGAAAGAAGGUUGAUAGAGUUAGAUGAGGGUAUUGAGGCAUUAGAUGCUGCCAUAGAGUACAGGUCAGAAACAAUACGCAGUAAACAGCUAGAGGUCCGACAUUCACAGGCACUUGCUCAGAGUGAAGAUAACUUUGUGAACCGAAUGAACUCCCUAUCAGCACAAGAUCUUAAAACACUUCUUGCCAAGUAUUUUGAAAAGGUUGUUAAUCUUAGAGAACAAGAAAGAAAAUUCAGUCUACAUUCUAGUGAAAUGGAGGUAAAAAUAGAUGAGCAGGAGAGACUGAUACGAGAGUUGGAAGGUACGUUACAGAGAUCUGCGGUUGAGAUAGACCGGCGACUGAUGGCCCAGCAGAAAGAGUAUGAACAGAAGAUACAGUUGUUGAUGCACCAGCUGAUGGAAAAUGGAGGAAACUCGAAUAAUAAUGUCAUUAAUGGCCAUGAUCCAGCCAUCGAGCAGAGGGUGACUCAACUGGAGAAAGAUUUAUAUUACUAUAAGAAAACAAGCCGAGAGUUGAAGAAGAGAUUAAGAGAGUAUGUCUCUAGUGGAACCAUUCCUGCACAAGAAAUGGAUUUACGAGCUUCUGUGCAAAGUAGCCUUGGGGAUGCUGGUGACAACCAGAACAAUAACCAUGGGAACAGUCACUCACAGAACAGAGAAUCACAUUCUGCAAGGUCUCGAGACCACAGAACUGCUGUUGAUCGGUUGCGAGAUGAUGGCGGUAGACUUGAAAGAUCAAAAGAGGAUGGUAACAGGCCUAGUUCUGGAAAAAUAGGGCAUCAUCUAUCAUCAAAUGUAACACCUGUAAAAAUAUCCAGGAAAGAUCUUCGUCUGAUGUCGGAGGAGGAGAUUAAAAUGCGGAGGUCUAAUUUAAAAGAUAGUCAUGCGGAACAGCAAUCACCCCAUGAUUCUUUAGAUCCAGGAGGGAAGAAUCCAUGGGGUUGAACACAGCAUUGUGAAUAUCAUAGACAAAUCAGGGUGUGAUAUUUAUUAUAUUUAUAGAGUUUUUGUUGUGCUCUUCAAAGAGGAUUUUAUUAUAGAGGCUAGUCCUUACAGAAACCAGAAAAACAUUCCAAGUUCAUAGAACAGUGUGAGUUUAAAUUGGAUGGUUCCAGGCAGUCAUUAUGAGUGUGGUACCAGUAAAGUGUGAUGUAAAGGGUAUCAAUUAAUAGGUGUAAAUGGUAUCAAUAAACUUAGAUAUAAAUGAUACCAGUUAACCUAAAAGUUAUCAUUAAACUUAUAUGUAAAUGGUACCAGUGAACCUAGAUGUAAGUGGUAUCAAUUAACUGACGUAAAUGAAAUCAUUAAACUUAGAUGUAAAUGGUACCAAUGAACCUGGAUGGAAGUGGUAUCACUAAACCAAUAUGGAAAUGGCAUUACUUAGUAAAGAAGACACAUAAUAUGUCAUCUUAUAUGCUGUGACAUUUCAUAACCAUGUGUCACAUGUUGUACUUCCAAUUCAGGAAGGAAACUGAAGGAAUUUUAACUUGUGUAAAGGGUAGAAAUAAAGUUAUUUAUACAUGUAUUUAUUGAGAGAUGUCAAAAUAAUGUUCACUGCCAUGUGAAACUUGACAAAAAGCCUACUGCAAGUCAUCAUUAUACAUACCUUGCAGCUGUCUGGACGUUUUACCAUUUAAACAAUGCUAAAUACUGCUGAAUACACCAAAAUGCCAUGAACUAGAAAUCCAUUUGCAGAUAAUAAAAACCUGUGUAUUUUUAUGCCCCCCUUUGAAAAAGGAGGGGUAUAUUGUUUUGCAGAUGUCGGUCGGUCGGUCGGAAUGUAGACCUAUCCGUUUCCGGAUGAUAACUCAAGAACGCUUGGGCCUAGGAUCAUGAAAGUUGAUAGGGAGGUUGGUCAUCACCAGUAGAUGACCCCUAUUGAUUUUGAGGUCUGUAUGUCAAAGGUCAAGGUCACAGUGACCCUGAAUAGUAAAACGGUUUCCGGAUGAUAACUCAAGAACACUUGGGCCUAGGAUCAUGAAAGUUGAUAGGGAGGUUGGUCAUGACCAGCAGAUGACCCCUAUUGAUUUUGAGGUCAGUAUGUUAAAGGUCAAGGUCACAGUGACCCUGAACAGUAAAACAGUUUCCGGAUGAUAACUCAAGAACGCUUAGGCCUAGGAUCAGGAAAGUUGAUAGGGAGGUUGGUCAUGACCAGCAGGUGACCCCUAUUGAUUUUGAGGUCAGUAUGUCAAAGGUCAAGGUCACAGUGACCAGGAACAGUAAAAUGGUUUCCAGGCAAUAACUCAAGAACACUUGGGCCUAGUGUCAGGAAAAUUGAUAGUUAGGUUGGCCAUGACCAGCAGAUGACCCCUAUUGAUUUUGAGGUCAGUAUGUUAAAGGUCAAGGUCACAGUGACCCUGAACAGUAAAACAGUUUCCGGAUGAUAAUUCAAGAACCCUUAGGCCUAGGAUCACGAAAGUUGAUAGGGAGGUUGGUCAUGACCAGCAGGUGACCCCUAUUGAUUUUGAGGUCAUUAGGUCAAAGGUCAAGGUCACAUUGGCCAGGAACAGUUAAAUGGUUUCUGAUCUUCUUGUCCAAAACCAUAGGGCCUAGGGCUUUGAUAUUUGGUAUGUAGCAAAAUCUAGUGGUCCUCUACCAAGAUUGUUCAGAUUAUAUCCCUGGGGUCAAAUAUGGCCCCACCCCUAGGGUCACAUGGUUUAUAUAGCCUUAUAUAGGAAAAAACUUUGAAAAACCUCUUGGCCUAGGGCUUUGAUAUUUUGUAUAUAACAUCAUCUAGUGAUCCUCUACUAAGAUUAUUCAAAUUAUUCCCCAAGGGUCAAAUAUGGCUCCGCCCUGUGGGUCACAUGGUUUACAUAUACUUAUUUACAGUGUGCAUAUAAUUUCUGUUCCUUGUGCAAUAACUAAAUGCAUCAAGGGGGGCAUUUCGUGUUCGACGAGCUCUUGUAUAUAUUGUAUCUGUUUUGUAAUGUUGAAAUACUAUUACAUACAUAUCUAUUAGUGUGCUGACACUUAAAUUGUUUUCUCGAGACUGAUGAAAGUUGGCUUUAAAUGUUUUUUUUGUCCGUCCUCUAGAAACUAAACAUUCCACUAGUAUACUAUGAUUGAAUUGCUAGGUGUUUGAUCCAAUUUCUAUUUUAACUUUAUCUGAACUCAAUUUUAGAGAAUGUGAAUUAGAAAAGUAAAGAUUAAGUCAUUUUAUGAUCAAGGAAAAAUUUAGGUUUGUCAUUUUUUCCCCUGAGUUUCUUUUGUUUAUGUCUGAGAAGAGAUGAAAUGGAAAUCUUUCUAUUAAUAAAUUAACCAACUGGAGUUAUAAUAGUAGCUCGAUCUGGGAUGGUGUAUUCAGCUUAAAUGGAUUUUUGCCAGAUCAGAACUCAUGAAGCACGCAAGUGCCGAAUGUGAUCCAGCCUAGCAAAAUCCACGAUAGCCGAAUACAUAAUAAUAGAUCUAGCUACCGUUUUAAUGACCAUUUUAUUUGUAGCUCCACCUUUUAGUUUGUUGUUUUGUUAUUGAACUAAAUCUUCAACGUUUUUAUGCCCCCGGCAUCUACUGAUGCGGGAGGCAUAUAGUGAUUGUCCUAUUCGUUCGUUCGUCCGUCCGUACAAGGUUAACCAAAUGGGACCGUUUCGUCUAGCAUCUGUCUGUUCAUAUUUAUUUGUCAAAAACAAGCCGAAUUGUUUUACAAAAUUUGUAUAAACAACUUUAUCAUGAGUAUGUACUGUUUGCAACUGGGAUCAGUAUCUAGCAAUUCAUUUACCAGUAUUACUGUAUUGUUAAUUGUUCAGUAAUUGUUCAUGACAUGACAUGUUAUAAUGUUGUUCUCUGUUAUAUUUACCUGUGAUCUGUUGUGUCCUUUUUCACCAAAAGAGUAACCCUGAACCAUGUCUUGUUAUAACAUGUGACUAGCUCAAGUAGUUCUAGAUUAGAAGUUUCUUUCUUGGAUGGUCAGUUGUUCUCCUUGAAAAGUUGACCAUCCUUUAUGUUUGACAACAUUUCACCACAGUUUCAGGUAUAGAAUUUACCAUUAAAUGCAGAAAAUAAACAUAAAGUUAUCAUUCGUGUGUUUGUGAAAUCUUUAACUAGAAAUAGUAUUAGCAUGGAAUUUGGUAGUUUCACUCGAAUUAUUUGUGAAUUUCAAAUUUUAAGGAGUAAACACCCAUGCCCCCACCCCACCACCCUCAACACACAUCCCUCUCCCUAUUUAUUCAUUAGAUACCAAAUACCUCUGUAAUGCUUCAUAAAGAUAAAUUAAUGGGGGGAAAAUUUGAUACUGUCAGGCUCGCAGAAUUGAAAUGUCCGGUUUCAUUACUCAUUAAAUGAAAAUACAAGCUGCAGUGUAAAAUUAAUGCCAGUUACCAGUUAACAUUGUAUUUGUCUGCUUGAACUAGAAAAGAAUCUACUGAGCUUUAUAAGUUAAAGAUCUUAUAAGAACUGUCUCACAUAAUUUAUGAAUCUCAAGAACUAUUAGAAUUACAAACCGUCCUUACUUGACUGUGAUAGUUAAUUAGUGUAUUUGUUUUAUUCCUAAUUUUAGUAUUAUAGAGUACAUGUUUGUAUUUCUGUAGUUUUCUUUUUUUAGGUUAAGGUGUAAAAGUUAUAGUAAAAUGUAAUAUUGUAUUAAAUCAGCAUAUUUGUUAUGUUUUGCUCUUAAUAAAAACAUACUUACUAUGAUAAUGAAUAAAAACUGCCAAAUAAGCUGAUGAGGUGCAGCAUGAGAAAGGCUGAAGUGAAUGUUCUGCACAGAACACAGAAAAUAGACUUCCACCUCUGAUUUAUGUGGGGAAGUUGUUGGAUAUUUAGAGAGUCCAGGAACCUUUGGAAGGUGUGGUUACGUUACUAGAAUAGUAUCGAAAAUUUUAUGUUAAACCUGUCAAAAAAAAAGUUAGGAAUUUGACAGACAUUUGUCUGGCAUUCAAUGGAAUCACUUUUGAACACUUCGUAUAUACUGAUUUCAUGCAAUAUUUGCCAUUGUCUAAAACUGUUUGAAGUAUAUUUCUAUGUUCUGUUGUUAGUUAUAUGGUAUUGUCAUUCGUAAUGCAUAUAGAGUCAAACUAUGUUAACUCAAACUCGGAUAAUUCGUAUACCACCCUUCUCCCGAACUCGUCGUCCAGUCCCGGAAAAAUCCCUGUAUAAUGAAUUUUGUUCAAUAACUCAAACAGCCAAUCACUCAAACAAUCUUUGCCGGUCCUGUUUAGUUCAAGUUAAUGAAGUUUGACUGUAUAAAGAAGAAAAAUGUUACCUGAAUAUGAAUAUUUUGAAUUGUGGUAUUGUAAAUUUAUUUCACAUUACUUUUAACUCGCAUUUUGUAGUUGAUUAGAAAAUUAUUUCUAAGAGAGCCUUGCCAUUCAUGCUGAAGCCUUGUCAGAGUUUUUCAAAGAUUUUUGUUGUUGUUUUAGUGUUGCCAGUCUUUGAGGCUGUACAUGACAGAUAUAUUGUUCAAUUCUCAGAAGUUAGUUUUUACAUUUUUACAUACACAUAUCAGACAGCAAGUGUAGUGUCUAUUAUAAACAGUGUAGGCUGUUAUCUAUUUAGCAUGACUAUCUAGAGUUGUCAUAUGUAAUUGGAGGUAGAUCGUUAGAACUUGAACGUAAACUUCAAACAAAAAUACUAAAAACAAAAUGUUUACAUGAUAAAAACUUAUCUAGUUAGUUAUAUAGUUAAUCAUUCUUCUUAAUGUUGUGGAAUUUUGUGUAAAUGAGACGGCACAUCAGACAUAAAUGGGCAGGGAAUGCACUUGACCCUGUGUCUGAUUAGCUACCCUGCAUUACUAUACUUUCAGGUCUUGAAAAAAAUUUAGGGUACUGGUGCCUGUAUAGGUAUAAGAAAACUACUGCCUUACGUUUCAGUUGUCCAGAAAAAAGUGCAAUUAGUGCUGGAAUACACUUCCAUCAUUUUUCGUUCAUAUGUGACUGUCAAAGUGCUGUCCUUAGCCAUUAUGUGUUCAUUACUGUAGUGUUGUGUAAACUUCAGGUCAGAAUACUGAAAACCAAUUACUGUGAAUUCAUUCAUUUUCGUGGGCCCAAAAUUUCAUUGUCUUGACAAAAAUGGCUACUUCAUUGGGAUACACAGAUUUCAACUUUUGAACACGAAUAUGGAUUUUACUUGUUCAUUGAGAUUGGACUAUAUAUGGACUGGCUUAACUUCGAAGUCCUCGAAAAUGUGUCACCCACGAAUAUCAAUGAUUUCACAGGUUACACGUGUGCUAUUAUUAACUUUUCAAGUUAUAUUAAAGAAUAGGAAUUUGAAGUGUUUAUUAGGAAAACUGUAAAUAAAGAUAGAGGUGACCAUUAAGCUCCGAAAAGUGGAAAUGGUGCUUUAUGUGACAUACUUUCUUUUAAUUGGGCGUAUAGAACAAGCAACCAGUAGAUGAAGAACCUUAAUCUCUAAGCACUUGAGAAGAUUGAAACAAGUUCUUGCUAUAUUUUUUUUUUGAAAGAUUUAUAAGGAUACAGUUAAAAAGAAAAUUAAGUGCUAAUAUUUUAUACCUUAAAGUGGAUAUUUUACUUUGAGAGAUGUUUUCUGUCCAAAAUAUAAUAAAAAUAGUUACCGUGGAAAUUAUAACUCUAGCCAGUUUAAAUGAUAAUUUAAAAAAAAAGAAUACUGAUAAUAUAAACAAGAACUAUUUCAUUGUUGAUAACUAUAAUAUGUAGGUUCAUAUAGAGUAUGGAUUAAUUAAUGUAAUUUAGAUUAUAUCAUUUUGUGCAUCACAUAUUGUUAAUGUAUAUUGAACUGUGAAAGAUGUAGUUUUAGCUAGUGAUUUAUUCUGCAUUCACUUGCUAAAUAAAGAUUUAAAUAAUAA